GAGUAAAAAUAGCAAUUAACUGCUGCACUUUAGGGCAAGAUAGUGAUCUUCCUAUGUCAACUACUGCUAGCUUUAAACAUUAAAUCAAAACGUCUCUGAUAUGACAUUUUAACGGGAAUUAUUAAAGAACCUUUGCAAACUUAAUUAAUGUAACAUUAGAACUGCGUAUUUGCUUGAAACAAGCUAUGCUAACUGUUGUAGAAGGGCAAUGUCAGGCCUAGUUAGAAUCCUUACAAAUUGUGAAAUGAAAUAAGUAAUUAAACAUGAAAUUAUUUUUCGAAACAAUAUGUAAACAACUCAGAAAAUGGGGGUAACUUAAGACUUUAGACACGAUUGAUAUGACAAGUGCAAACUAUUUAUCGUUCUCUAAAGCAAAGACGGAAACAGGGCAGAGGAUCUAUUUCGUUUCACGUUCAUACUCUUUGGCAGACGUUCAUUGGACCAAUUGGUGUGGAGGGGGGCGUGGCCUGCGGCAAACGAUCAGGCAUCGAGCUGCGGUUCUGGAGGAGAGCAGCAGAGAGACACAUCCAUCCAUCAAACCAAACACCAUUUAUCGCUGGCUUUGGUCCGUGCUGCGAUGUUGAUCCUGGACGUUUUCUCCCCGCUCCUCCUCCUCCUCUUAGUCCUGUUGCCGCGCUACGGUUGCCGGGCGGCGGACAUUCCGGAGGACACGACAUCAGAGUUCUCGGUCAGACUGUACCACCGGCUGCAGGCGGCGGGGGACCAGGACAACAUCAUCUUCUCCCCGCUCAGCGUGGCUCUGGCCCUGGGCAUGGUGGAGCUAGGGGCCCGGGGGGCCUCGCUGGAGGAGAUACGACAGGCGGUGGGCUUCAGUCAUCUGCUGCCAGGUGUGGAGUUCUCUUUGCUGCAGAACCUGACAGCGGCGCUGUCCGAAGACGACUCCCACUACGUGAUCCGGUUCGCCAACAGCCUGCUCCUGCAAGAAGGCAUCACGUUCAACCCGGAGUUCCUGCACCUGAUGAAGAAGUACUUCCAGGCUGACGUGGAAACCGUGGACUUCAGCGAAUCAGCCGCCGUGGCCGAUCAGAUCAACAACUGGGUGGAAAAUCACACCGAGAGUAAGAUCCGGGACCUGCUCUCAGCUGAUGACUUCAGCAGCGUGACCCGCCUGACCCUGGUGAACGCCGUCUACUUCAGGGGCUCCUGGAAAAACCAGUUCAGGCCAGAAAACACCAGGACCUUCUCCUUCAGCAGAGACGACGGCUCCGAGGUCCAGACGCUCAUGAUGUACCAGCAGGGAGACUUCUACUACGGUGAGUUCAGCGACGGCUCACAGGAGGCCGGCGGUGUAUACCAGGUGCUGGAGAUGCCGUACGAGGGGGAGGACAUGUCCAUGAUGAUCGUUCUGCCACGGCAGGAGGUUCCUCUGGCCUCACUGGAGCCCAUCAUCAAAGCAGCGCUGCUGGAGGAGUGGGCCAACAAUGUCAAACGGCAGAAGGUGGAGGUCUACCUGCCCAGAUUCAAAGUGGAGCAGAAGAUCGACCUGAGGAGCACGCUGCAGGAGCUGGGAAUAAAAAAGAUCUUCACCAACGACGCAGAUCUGUCCGCCAUGACAGAUGGUAAGGACCUGCACAUUGGGAAGGCAGUGCAGAAGGCGUACCUGGAGGUGACGGAGGAGGGAGCAGAGGGAGCCGUUGGAUCAGGAAUGAUCGCCCUCACCCGGACUCUGGUGUUGUACCCUCAGGUCAUGGCCGAUCACCCGUUCUUCUUCGUCAUUAGAAACCGGAGGACAGGGACCAUCCUCUUCAUGGGCAGGGUCAUGACCCCCGAGGUCAUCGACCCCAACGACCAGGACUUUGACUCCAUGUAAACACAGAUCUCAGAUCCUGACGUCAUAAACGCUACCUAUCCUCUAUCGCCAUCUUCAGCUGUGUUUUAUACUCCUUUAAAAAAAAUAUAACACGAUAUAUUAUAUAUUGAAAUAUGGCAUACGACAUAUAAGCGUGACUGUGUUUUGAUACUGGAAGCUUUAAAACUAUUGUAUACAGACAAGCAGAACUAAGGAAGAUGUACAUAUUCUCUGGUAACCAAACGGUUUGUAUAUGAGGAAGAUGAAAACACACGUAAUCCACGCACAACCCCUUUAAGUUCAGCAGCUUCAAACUCACCUGCGCCCACACACACACAAACACAACACACACACACAUCGACAAAAUAUUUAUACUCCAGACACUUUAAUUACAUCCCUGUACAUUUGACAUUGUGGUCUAUAUUUACACAUAUACUCAGUAUUUAUUGCAGAAUAGACAUUUUGUCCCUAUAGGGAAUGCGAACCGCGGUGCAUUCUGGGGCAUCGCGGCCAUCUUUGGAGGAUAGCAGCAGCCAUCAUUAUCUAUCAGCAUAGCAGAAACAGAGGAGCGUUAUUUAAAAAAAUCAGUUCAUUAAUUACAUCUGUCCGUAUGAAUUAAGAGAAGAACAGACCGAUCACUCUUACUGAUGUCGGUCCUGUACAGGUUGAGUCCACGGGUCGCUAGUAUCCUCCAAAGAUGGCCGACUUGCCGUUGAUGGCGUCACACUCCCAUUCCCUACACACUGAAUCUUAGUAAUACACUGACAGUACUCUAGUCAUUUUUUACACGGUAGGGCACACUGCUGAUGAACUAAUAUGCCUUAUCACAUCUGAGUGGUUGAUCAGGCCCCAGCUGGGCAUCUCACAGGUGAGCAGAGGAGGCUGCGUAACUAAGGCGGGUUGCUAUGGAGACGGACCGGAGCAUGCAGGCACUGAAGAAGAUCUGCUGCACCAUAUUCUGGAUGUACAUACAGGGAGAAACAGAAACACCAGCUGUAGUCAAGUCUUUUACUCAAUAAAACAUGAAUGUGUUCCCAUUUAAACAAA